AUGAUUGAAGUUUCUCUUGGAUCUCAUUAUCUAGCCAGUUCAGCACUAUAUAAACAUGACAAUGCAUUUUCAUUUAUAAUAAAUGGUAAAGAGUUUGCAACAACAAAGCAUCAUGCGAUUUGUUUAUCAAAUAAAGUGAAAGAUUUAUUUUUCCAAGAUAAUACUAUAAAUAAUCUUUCAAUAAUUGUUGAGCAUGUAUCAGAAGAAGUCUGUGAAAUCUUUAAUGCUUUAAUUCUUAAAGGAUUAUAUUCAGGAGAAAUAUCAAUUAACGAAAGUCAGGAAUUAUUCUUUAUUGGUCGGGAAAUAGAAAAUUACGAACUAGUUAAGCAGUAUUCUUAUUAUUUUGAUAAGAUAGAAAUGUCUCUUUCAAACUUUAAUGAAUUUCUCGAUUAUUCUAAGCUAAUUAACGAUUACUCCAAAUGCAUUAAGUUCAUAUGUACUAAUUUUGACAUAAUCGACACAAAUACACUCAUUAAUAUCCUAGAUAAUUUGGGAUAUGAUUUGAUUGAACAAAUUAUGACAAAUGAUGAAUUCAUAUUGAUGAGUGAAAAUAAAAUUGUAGAAGUAAUAAUAGGAUUAUGCGAAAAAUCUAGCAAAUACAAACGACUUUUAAAAUAUAUUCAACUUCAAUUUUGUACUGUUGAAGGAGUUCAAACUGUUUUUGAUUACUAUGAUAAAACUGUAUGUUGUGAGGAAUGCAAAUUAUUCAUGGACUGCUUUAGAAAAAGAUUAUUAACUGAAACUAAAUUUGGUUGUACUAAAAGAAUCCAAAUUUUAGAUGAUGAUCUUAAACUCAAAGUUGAAAAACUUUUUUCAAUGCCAAAAUCUCCAAAAUUAUUUGAUGAAAUCUAUCAAACUUUACGCUCGUUAAUUAACAAUGAUAAACUUCUUCAAUAUGCUAUUAUUAGUGGUUACAAUGAUGUCAGGGCAGAAAAUAAUGGUGCAACAGUGCUUAUGAGGUCCGCAAUAAUAAAUGAUUUCGAAUUUUUCAAAAAGUUGCAUGAACUUGGAGGUGACAUACAGGUACUUGAUGAUUAUAAUCAUAAUGCUUUGCAUUGGUUCGUUCAUAAUGGAAAUUUAGAAGCUGUGCAGUAUUGUAUUCAAUAUCUUGAUGUUAAUGCACAAAACAAAUAUCUGGAAACUCCACUGCACAGUGCAUGCCAGUAUAACAGAACAGAAAUUGUAAAAAUUUUGUGUUCUUUGCCUAAUAUUAAAUUUAAUCUCAAAAAUAAUAGAAAUGUAACACCUCUCGAGAACACCAAGAGCCCAGAAAUCUAUAAUAUUCUAGUUGCUCAUGGAGCACAAAAAUAA